GUGUGUGAGAGAGAAGGAAAGAGAAAGAUGUAUAGAGAAAGGGUGAUAAAGAUGGGUGAGAAACGAUGAUAGGAAGAGGAAGAAGAAGAAGGGUGACAAAGCUUCAAAUAAACACUCGUAGAAGAAUAACCAGAAAAAAGAAGAAAGACGGGAAAACGAGAGAAACCGUAGAAGAGGAGGAGGAAGAAGAAGAAAGAGAAGGAAUAAAAGAAAAUAGCAAUAAUAAUAAUAGGUAACAUAAAAGAACGUGAAAAUGAGGGAAUAAGCGGAACUAGAAUAAAGAAAGAGAGAAUAAGAAGAGAAAGUGAGAGAAGGAGAAAUAGUAAGAACUGAGACCGUAAGAAUAAAGAAGGAUAGGAUAAGAAAACAAUAAAAAGGAAAUAUGAGAAAAUAGAAGAAAAGAAAACCAAAUCAAAGAAAGAGGAAAGAUAAAGAGAAAAAGGAAGGAAGAAAGAAGGAAAAGAGAGCAUAAGAUUACACGAAAGAAGGAAAAAAGUGAUAACGCGCAUUAACCGAAGGAAAUAACAACGAAGAGGAGGAAUAGGAGGAAAAUAAGACAAAAAACACAAAACAAGAAAAUAAUAAAAACAACAAGAAAAGAGGCAGAAAAACAUGAUAGAAUAGAAAGAAACAAGGAAACGAAAGAAAACAAGACAGAAAAAAGGAAAAGAAAAAAAUAAAUAAACAAAAAAAAAUCAUACCAAAAAUUGAUACAUGCUAAAAAAACGAACGAGAAGAAAACGAAGAAAACAAACGAAGAAAAACAAGACAAUGACAACAGGACACACGCAGAGAACAUAAAAAAAACACCACCACCAAAACAAAAAAGAAGAAAAACACCAUUUGGCAAAAAACAAACAAAUUAAAGCAAACCUAACCUAUGCUAAAGCGCUUCCUAAAGUCCCGAUGCGAGAAAAGGAACACACCUGCACACACACCUGCCCAAGCACAUAUGUAUGACCGCCCAAGCAUCUUCUGUUGGAGGUGCGGUCAUGGCGGCGUGGUGGGCGGGGUGGGCGGCGCGGGCGGCGGCAGCGUAACGGGGACCGGGUGGCGCGCCGGCCCCAAGGCGGGGGGCGGUGCGGGCGGUGCGGGCGGCCCCGGGUCGCCGCCUGCCAUGUCCAAGGGCCGUCCGCGAGGAACCUCGAGCCCCGCGGCGGCGAGCGGCGGCGGCCUGUCCCCCGUGGCCGCGUCCUCCCCCGCUGCCAUGAACGGUGAGCGCCGCGCGCCCCUGGAGGUGGCGGCGCCCGUCUCCCGCCGCCAGGUGCGCACGUCGGCCACCUUCACCUCGAGCAUCAAGGGCCUGCUGCAGCGCGAGGAGGCGGCGGCAGGCGGCGGCGGCGGCGUGCUCUCGUCCCUCCGCCGCUCGCUGCCCCGCUCCCGAUCCACGCCAGGACACGAAGGGCGCCCAGCCCCCGUGCCCGAGGACUCCACCACCACCACACCUACCACCACCUCCACGCCCGUGCCUCGCCGCGCCGUGGCCGGCCCACCGCGGCUCCCCGGCGGCCCUUCGCGGGGGCGCCGCCCCCUGGCCAGCAUGGCGUCCAAGCGGCGCUCCGUCAUCCUGGAGGAGGACAAGGAGGCACUCAACGGCGAGGACGCCCACGCCACCACCACCACCACCACAAUCACCACCACCACGCCCCCCGCCGCGGGCCCUGUGCGGCGGCUGUCUCCGCGGCCGCGGCGCUCCCAGAGCGUGCAGGAGGAGCGGCACUCCGCGGCGCGUGACGCCCUACCGCGGCAGCACAGCGCCGAGGAGCAGCAUGAGGGUCAGCACCGCGCUGGGCUGGGGCCGGGGCCGAGGCAGCCCCAGGACGGCCCGCAGCCCGCGGCGCCGCGGGAGGGCGAAGACCGCACGCGCGAGGCCGCCACGCUGACGGAGAAGGAGAAGGUGGAGGGCGAGCGUGACGAAAAGGACAAGGACGAGCGCGAGGAGGAGGAAGACCGGCGCGCGCCCCUGGAGGAGGAGGAGGCGGAGGAGGCCGUGGACAAGUCCCCGGACGGCCGCUUCCUCAAGUUCGACCACGAGAUCGGCCGCGGCUCCUUCAAGACCGUCUACCGCGGCCUGGACACCGACACCGGCGUGGACGUGGCCUGGUGCGAGCUGCUGGAGCGCAAAUGGAACAAGAAUGAGCGUCUCCGAUUCCGUGAGGAGGCCGAGAUGCUGAAGGGGCUGCAGCACCCUAACAUAGUGCGCUUCUACGACUACUGGGAGGUGCACAGUGCCAAGAGGAGGUGCAUCGUCCUGGUCACUGAGCUCAUGACGUCUGGCACCCUGAAACAGUAUCUCCGUCGGCUUCGCAAAGUCAACCUGAAGGUGCUCAAGAGUUGGUGCCGGCAGAUCCUGAAGGGGCUGCAGUUCCUCCACUCCCGCUCGCCGCCCAUCAUCCACCGCGACCUCAAGUGCGACAACAUCUUCGUCACGGGCACCACCGGUUCCGUCAAGAUCGGCGACCUCGGCCUGGCCACCCUCAAGAACCGCUCCUGUGCCAAGUCCGUUAUCGGCACCCCAGAGUUCAUGGCCCCCGAGGUCUACGAGGAGCACUACGACGAGAUGGUGGACGUGUACGCCUUCGGGAUGUGCAUGAUGGAGAUGGCCACGCUGGAGUACCCCUACAAGGAGUGCUCCGGCCCGGCACAGAUCUACAAGAAAGUCACCACGGGUGUGCGGCCUCAGAGCUUCCUGAAGAUCGAGGACGAGGACGUGAAGUACAUUGUGGAUUGGUGCACUCGCCUACACAACGCAGAGAGACCCACCGUGAAGGACCUCCUCAACCAUGAGUUCUUCCAGGAGGACACGGGCAUCAAGGUGGACCUGGCCAACAAGGAGGAGGCCAUCACCACGGACAUCAGCAAAGUGGUUCUCAGGUUACGUGUCAUUGAUGCCAAGAAGAGGAAAGACAAGCACAAGGAAAACGAGGCCAUCCAGUUUGACUUUGACAUUGAGAAGGACAACCCAGACAAGAUAGCGGAAGGAAUGGUGAAGAUGGAGAUGAUCAUGGAGGAGGACGAGCGUCCGGUGGCCAAGAUGAUCCAGGCCCAGAUCCAGCACCUGCACCGUGAGCGUGAGGAGCGCCGCAAGAAGGAGCUGCUGGAGAAGGAGAAGCAGCAGCUGGAGGAACAGCAGCAGCUGCAGCAGCAACAACAACAGCAGAUGCAGCAGCAGCAGCAGCAGCAGCAGCAACAACAACAACAACAACAACAGCAGCAGCAGCAGCAGCAGCAACAGCAACAGCAACAGCAGCAACAACAACAGCAACAGCAGCAACAGCAGCAGCAGCAGCAGCAGAUACAACAGCCAGCCCUGCAGCCUCAGCAGCCUGUCAUGACACAGCCACAGCAGCCUGUCAUGACACAGCCACAGCAGCCUGUACAGCCACAGCUGCAGCCACAGCCAUCACAGCUGCAACCACAGCAACAGCAGCAACAGCAACAACAACAACAACAACAACAACAACAACAGCAGCAGCAGCCCCUGCAGCCCCCGGUACAGGCUGCCAUGCCCACACAGGCACCAGCAGCAGCAGUGCCACAGCCUGCCCAGCCCAGUCAGCUGGAGCCUCAGCAGCAGCAGCAACAGCAACAGCAGCAGCAGCAACAGCAGCAGCCCCCACCACAGGCACAGCAGCAACAACAGCCCCAACAAGCCCAGCAGCCCCCACCCCAGCAGCAGCCACCCCAGCAACAGCUACCACUGCAGCAGGUGCCUCAGCAGCCGCCACAGACCAGCCAGCAGCAGCAGCCGCCGCCCCAGCAGUCCACGCCACAGCCACAGCUGCAGCUGCAGCAGCCACCCCAGCAGGACCCACAGCCACAGCUGCUGGGUGACGGCCUGGCCCUGGACAAACAAGGGGAGGGCGUGAGGGAGUCCGGCUACUACACACUGACGGCCGGCAGCGAGGGCCAGCAAACCUUCACCCAGGAUGGACAGUUCUUCUCUGGGAACUAUGGGCUCAGCGGCUACCCGGCCAGCUCCUCCCAGUACCAGCCGGUGAGCACUGGGUUCCCGGCGGCCCAGUACCAGCAGUCCCUCACCACCAGCGUCACCUCGGCCACGCCGCUGUACCAGCAGCCCCCACAGCAGCCUCCACUGCCACAGGUAGAUCCUCUCCAACCCCAGCAGCCCCCACAGCAGCCUCCUGACUAUUACAGUAACCUUAGCUCACAGGUGGUGGUGCCCCCCCCAGGGGUGAUCAUGGGCGCCCACCCAGUGGUCCUGCCUCCCCACGCCGUACCAGGCAUGGCCCACCCCAUGGUGAUAGCCUCCAUGCCCAUGGUGGUGCCCCCAGCCAUGCAGCACCCCGGCCUGGUGCCCCAGCCGUCUGCAGGGGUGCUGCCCCCCCAGUCCUCUGGUCUGCUUCCCCAGCCCACUCUGGUGCCUGCCCACUCCUCAGCCCUGCCCACGCUGCCCCAGGUCAUGGCCAGCCAGGUGGCCGUGGCCCCACAGCCAUUGCCGGUGGGGUCUGUGGCUCACUCUGUGGCUACCUCGGUGCCACUGGUGGCCCACACGGCGGGGGCCCCCCAGACUGUGAUGGCUCAGCCCAUGGUGUCUCCUCUGCCUGUGGCAGUGUCACAGCCACUGGCUGUCAACCCCAUGGUGGUGUCCCAGCCCCUUGUACCACCACAGCCAGCCUUGGCCUCACAGCCUGUCAUUGCUGCACAACCCACGGCUGUUUCACAGCCACUUGUCAUGUCACAGCCCAUGGUGGCACCUCACCUGGUGCCCAUGCCACAGUCUGUCGUGUCCUCACAGCCACUGGCCACAACACCAGCAAUCAUGACCUCACAGCCUCUGGCCACAUCACAACCUGUGGCUGUAUCACAGCCUGUGGUCAUGUCACAGGCCCCUGCUGCCUCCUCUCAGCCCCUGGUGACAACAGUCCCGCUGGUGGUGUCACAGGCAGCUGUAACCCAGCCGGCCUUCAGCACGGAGGUGUCUGUGGCCAGCCAGGCGGAGCUGGUGAGCCAGGGCAGCGUGGGCACGCCGGUGGGAGGCACAACAGAGCUGCCGCCACAACCUGCACCGCCGACUGCCAUGGAGGCCAUCCCUGUCCUGCUCGGGGCAGCGCUCCCCGUGGUGGGGCAGCAGCAGGGAGGGGUGGCCUCCCUGGCACCCCUAGAAGUCCUCACCACCACCAUCACCACCGCCGCCCCUGCCACCGCCUCCACCUUGGGCAUGGUCUCGCCCCAGCCGCCGCUGCCAUCAGUCACCCCGCAGGAGCCCGGGGAGGCGCCAGCCACACAGCCGGCAGUGCUGCAGAGCCAGCCGGUGGUGGUGCCGUCGCUGCCCGCCGUGGUGUCGUCCGUGGCAGCGAUGGGAGUGCCGCCGUCAGCCGCCGCAGUGGUGGGCGAUGCCAGCCAGAUGGAGUCGUGCCCAUCGCCGCAGAUACUGGCCGACACCUACUCCCACCUGCUCAACGAUAGUGCUGCCUCCGAGUCUGAGUGCAGCGAACACCCCGCGGACGGCUCUGGCAGCAAGACGCACUCUGAACGCACGAAGAGGCCGAGGAAGAAGAAGACGCUCGACCGCUUCCCCAAACUGACGGUGUUGAGUGCCAAUGAGACCAUGGUGGAGUGCCAGCUGGAGACCGUCAAGCAGAAGACCAUCACCUUCAAGUUCGACAUCACCGACAACGAUGCGCUGGAUGUGGCCAACAAUCUGGUCAUGACAAACCUCCUGCCGGGGAACCACUCGGAGGUCGUCACAUCAUACAUCAACGACGUAGUGCAGCAGCUCAAGGCUAACCCCAAGGUGCUGCCGGUCGUGUCCACCCCCGCACAGGACUCCCGCAGCGGCCAGGCUCAGCAGGGCCAGGACGGGCAUCACCGCUCCCCCUCGGCCACCCGACGACACAAGGAUGACUCGGACACAAGGGCUCGCUACCUGGCCCGGAAGCUGAGUCGGUCCUCCCCAAAGCGGCGGCGGCGACACAGCUCCCGUGAAGAGGGGAUUGACAGCACACCCGGCACGCCCAGCAAGAGGAUGGAGGGCAGAGAACCACCGCUGCAGGUACAGACGAGCCCCGUUCAUCAGCCACAGCAGGAGGUCUCGGUCACCCCCACGGCAAUCCUCCCGCAGCAGCCCAAGCCGCCCGCCACUCCGCAGGCUUUCAGGACAUCACGCUUCCUAGUGAGUCCCGUCGUUGAGCGCAAGCUGAUACCCGGGGAGGAGGUAGUUGGCGGAGGGGGUGGAGGGGGCGGGGCGAGCGCAGGAGUGUCCCAGCAGCCGCCACAGCAGCCGCCUCUCAUGGACAGCCUCGCCACCCCCACCCUUGCACCUCUCCCUGAUGAACCCCCACAAUCUGAUCCCAUCCCUCCUUCCUCUACUGCUGCUCUGCUUCCUCCUACACCAACCCCUUCUGCUUCCGCUGUGCCCCCAUCAUCGCAGGACCCACAGCACUUCGAGGGGCUGAGCAGCAUCGACGUGCCCACCUCUCAGCCGGGCUCGGGAGGACCGACGCCGCCCCACCACUGCACGCCGGAGAACACCUACACGUCAGACAGCCAGGCCAGACUCUCGCAGCAGAACUCACUGGAGAAAAAUGACAGCGUCACCUCCAACAGUAACCUUUCUGAGCUGGCCCGCAAGUUACAGCAACUGCAGACGUCAGUGGGAUCCGGCUCGGCCAGCUCCAUCCCCUCCGCCUACACAGUGCCGCCCCUCACCAUGCAGAGCCACCCCAGCACUCCCGUCUCCCUCUCCGCCCAGCCCACCUUCAGCCACGACCUCAACACACAGCUGGCCGGGGUGCUGUACUCACGGUCGCCGCGCUGCUCUCGGGCCCUCUGGUCGCCGUCCAUCAACUACAAAACCUGCCCAGCCUUCUUCCACGUGUUGGCUCCUGAGGAUGCUGGUGGUGGUGGUGGUGGAGGUGGUAGUGGUGGUGGUGGGGAUGUUGGGAGUGUAGGAGUGCCGGUGCAGGAGGCCAGUAUGGUUCUUCCGACACAGGGGCCACAGUACACUAACACCACCACGGAUACCCCACCCACGGAUCUGCACCAGGUUGCAUGUGAGGGGGAGGCCGGUGGCAGGCCGAGGGGUCACCCGCUGUCCCCGGCUCCACCCCGCACCACCCCGCUCACCAUCGUCAUCAGUCCCCCUCCAUCAACGUCGCCGCAGCCGCCGUUCCAGGGCAGCGUCAGCGUUGGGGGGGAGGACCGGCUGGAGCAGCUGCCCCCGGCGAUGGGCGGCCGGGACAUGACCCACACAACGGGCGUCCUGGUGACCCCCUCGGUGACCCUGGAGGCGGUGAGUGAGGGCGUGCCCAUCAGCGGCGACGUGUUCCAGGGGUACCGCGUGGUGCCCCAGCAGGCCAUCAACCCCCCAGGCCUGCACCAGUUUGCCUUCCCCCAGGAUAUGCCCGAGGGGACCACCGUCAGCAUCAUCCCCCAGCCCGGCAUGGCCAUGGGGGAGGCCGGCCAGAUGGACCCCAACCACAUGGCCCUGGGCACGGCCUACAUGGCUCACCUUGGCCAGGUGCGUGGAGACAGUGGCCAGGUGCUAGUGGAGGGCGGCCAGCCCGUCAUGCCACACAGCUACCAGGACGUCACCCCCAUAGGCCUGGCACACGGCGCCACGCAGGCCAUGCCCACGGACAUGCCGCCAGAAAUGGGCAUGUCCGGCGCAGCCCUACAGCUGCACCAGGGCGUCAUGCUGGCCAUGCCCGCCAGCUCCGUCCAGCGCAACAGGAUGGACCUCAACGCACUCCGGGAACAACUGCAGAAGCUGGUGCCCGGCGCACACCUCACCCUCACCCACCACCACACUGAGGGCGCCGUCAGCUCCGGGUCACCGUCCCUGGAGGGCCUGCCGCCAGUGUACCCGCAGGUGCCCCAGACGGUGCGGCUGCCGGGCGGGGAGACGGUGGCGCUCCAUCCUGUCAUGAUGGACACCCACUGCCAGGCGCCGCUCACCAUGCUGCCCGUGGGCAUGGACAAGGACGCAGGGGCUGCCCCGCUGCAGCCCGGCCCGCCUCUGUCCCGCACACCCUCCCUCAAGGAGUCUGAGGAGGUGGGAGAUGGGCGGCAGACCAGGAUAGCACGCUUCCAGGUCACCAAGGUGGCCGAAGAGUCCAUCAGGAGAGCCUCCGACGCCUCCACCGCCAGCAGCCCCGUCAGCUCCCCAGUUCGUCGCGGUCGCUUUGCCGUCACCAAGGUGGCUGAGAGCGUGGACUCCACCGAGGGCGGGUCUGGCAGCACCGCCCCGACGCCUGCCCCACCAGACACCCCGAACCUGGCCCCGCAGCCCCUUGAAGACCUCCAGGGCCACACCUUGGAGCCUCCCUCUGCCGCCCCCUCCCUGCCUCCCUCCAUGUCCUCCUCACUGGUCAUGGAGGACAGCCCAGCCUCCUCCCCCGCUGAGAGGGUCCGUGCAGCCUCCACGCACACAUCCCCCGAAGAGCAGCCCCUUAGUCCUGAUGGCAGCCGCAGCAGUGCCGUUGUUACUAGACCCCCUGGCGAUAGGUGGCCGCCCCCGCCCCCGCCCUCACUCUCUUCCUCUGCCUCUCCCCAGCAGACUCCUCAGGCUGGAUGGGCCGCCACCACCCUCCCUUACCCACCCACUCCUAAUCCUCACACUCCUAACCUCCUCUCUGCCAAGACCGCCACCGCUGCCGCGGCCGCUGCCACGCCUGCUGCCACUAACCAGCGGGCCAGGAUCACUGCUUUCAGGAACAGCAAGGCACUGCAAUGUCAAACGGACCCCCGCCCCCUCCUCACCAAGACACCCUGGGGAUCCACAGAAAAACCCAUCCCCCCCGUGCUCCCCCGGCCUGCCCAGGAUGACACAGGCUGGAAAAGGUCUGAGGGCCUGGGGGAAGGUGCCACCCUGGCUGCCAAUACCCAGAGAGGCAGCUCAGGCCAACUAGUGUCCAUGAGGAGCACCUCCUACGAUGCCGACACAGAGGAGAUCUCUGAGGCCCUGCUGAGCAGCGACUGUGAGGCCACACACCACAGCAGCAGCAGUGGCAGCAGCAGGGCUGCGCCCAUACCCAUUCCUGCCAAGUCCCUCAGCGUGAGCUCAAGCUCCCUGACCAAGGAGAGAUCCCAAGGGCCCCCCAAAGGCAAAAUCAUUAAGUGUUCCAAAAAGACAGGCAGCACCAGCUGGCUGGACCGCAGCAGCAGCAUCUAUGACCUGGGCAGCCUGUUCCAGGAGGUGAAGCAGUCCCGCGAGGUGCUGCACAAGUCCCGGGAGUACCUGGCCCCCCGGUCCUCCAGAAAGCCAGGCAGCAGCAACGGCGGCGGCGGCGGCGGCGGCCCGCUGUCCCGCACCAAGAGUGUCAACAGUCUGCAGCACAUGGGCCUGGCCCGGGCCAAGGACACCGGCCUGUCCAAGUCCUCCUGGGAACUGAACGAUAAUGACCGGACACCACCGUUCUUCCACCCGCUACGCACGGCCAGCAGCUCCAGCUUCAGCGAGAGUCGCCACCAAUGGGGCCACUCGCCGGCCCAUAAGAGGAACCCAACCCUGCGGCGCCUCACCGGCCGGGACAGACAUAGCAUCGGGGACUCCGUGUACCACACCGUCCACACCCCAUCCAGCCACGACCACGGCCAGCCACGGGGCCGGCUGGGGGCCACCUCCCCCGGCCACCACGCCACCCCCCAGGCCCCAGAUUUCCAGGACGACGUGUACUACACCAUCCAGGGCGGCGGUGAUGUAACACAGCACUACCAGGCCGAGGAGACCCGGCCCUGGCAGCCGCUGCCAGAGGAGCGCCGCGCCCUGGCCGCCUCCAGCACCAGCAGCGACGACUCUGAGGCGGAGGAGUCCAUGUACCAGCCCCUGCAGGAGUGGCCGCCCAUGGAGGCCCUCAACCCACACUACUUCAUGGAGCGCCCCUUCUCUCCCAGCGACCCCUACGGCCCCCACUACCCCCCACCGGAGUUCUAUGGCCCCUAUUACCCCCCGGAGGCCUACAGCCCCCACUACUCCCCCACCUCCACCCGGCACUCCUGGCAUGCCCCACGCCCCCACUCCCCCUACUACCCCCCGCUGUCCCCCAAGAGCCCCCGCAGCCCCCGCCACCACCGCCGCCACCACAAGGGUUACCAGGGCGGCGGCCACUCUCCCUACCAGACCUACCACGGCCCCCACCCCCACUUCUUCCCCCCACCCUUCCUCUGCCCCCCCCCCCAGCGCUCCCCCCAGGCCCUUUACUAUCAGCCUUCGCGUGCCUGCAUGCUCCACAGCCACCCUCACUCCCCCGGCGCCCGCCAGUGGCCCGCCCAGCCUGAGAUGGGCUGCGUGUGCUCUUGGACAGAGGAGGAGCCAGAGACAAUCAAGCAGGAGCCGGAGGAGUACUCUGAGGACGACGACAGCUUCCAGCAGCUGCUGACCAAGCAAGAGAUGGAGGAGGCUGAGCUGCGUCGCCGCCACCAGCAGGAGCGUGAGGCCUUUAGGGUGCGGCGGCAGCAGCGACACCAACAGAAGCGGCGGCCCAAGUCACUGCAGCUGUCCUCCUCACCAAGCCCCUCCACCCUGCCCGCCACCCCUCCAUCUCCCCACCCCCCCGGGGAGACUAUCAGGGCAGGGGCAGGGACAGACACCGUGACCUCCUCUGACAACGCCACGGAGGCCUCAGGCGCAUCCUCCCACAAGAAGGGGCGCACCAUCUCUGAGGACAUGCUGGAGCUGGUGCAGAAUCUCGGGGCACCACGACAGGUGGCCCGGCCCCCCCAGGGCAAGAUGACCCUCAACCAGAUGAUGGCGCAGCAGCAGAAGGCCAUGGCCGGUAUGCAGGCCGGCCAUGGCCAGCGGCCGGCCUACUCGGUGGGUGUGUCUGCCUCGCCCUACCACACCCAGUACUUCUCAGCGUUCCACACAUUCCCCCUCCCCUACCAGCGCCUGCCCGACGGCUCCCUGGUCACCCUGCCCCACCUGGAUGAUGGGGCUGCCGCCGCCGCCGCUGCAGCCACCGCUGCCACCAGCGCCAACCCACCGCCGCCUAGCAGCAGUAGCAGCAGCAGUAGCAGCAGUAAUCUACAGCAGCAGCAACAGCAGCAACAGCAGCAGCAGCAACAGCAGCAGCAGCAGCAGCAGCAGCAGCAGCAGCAACAGCAGCAGGCUGCUGCAGCCGCAAGUGCCUCCUGGGUACAGUGGCAGCAGCAGUAGGUUCGGCCAACAUUCCAAGUUCCCGCUGAUUGUCGGGAAUCUCCAUCUGUGAUCCUGUAGUUUUGUUCUGUUGACACCUUCUGGAGCUGGACUCUGGUCGUCAGCAGCGGGGGCGGCGAGUGCCUUCCUGCCGGGCCGGUAGGCGGCGCCUCACGCUGCCCUGCAACACAGGGGUGAGGGGGGUAGGGGUCAGUCAGGGCCUUCAGUGUUUCCGUUGCCAGAGACAGAGUUGCCAACUAGUCACCAACACGAGGGAUGGAGGGAGUGCCCUCACUGCGCCGCGCCGCCCUGGGCCGGCCAGACCCUCGCCUGCUGACGCUGAGGCCGCCAGCCGUCGCUCUUUGUUCUGACAUGACUGACUAGGUUUGUUGUUUGGUAGUGAUUCUUUAUUGUUUUGUUUUCUUGUUCCACGGCCGGGAGUGCGCGCGUUUGUGUCGAUUCGCCUUGGCUUGGCCGGCCAAAGCGCCGCCCCGGCCCACUCUUUGUUGGUAGCACUAAGUAAGGGCUGAGUGAUGUAAAUGAUGUAAUAUACUGUGUACAGAAAGUCUUGUACAGUGAGGGGCUGUGAUGACUUGUUGAAGGUGUCGGCUCUGCCCUGGCCGGGGUGGGCAGGCAGGCAGGCCAGCGCUGAUCGGUCUUCCACCGGCCCCUCCGAGGGCGUCCGUGCACUGCCCCUCGCCGGCUGGCCCAGCAGCCGGUGCUCCUCGUCUGGGGUCUCUGAGGAUCACCGGGCUCUGCAAGAAGGCUUUCUCUCAUUUAGUCUACGCGUAGCACUGCAAUAGUAAGGGGUCUGGACGCUGUGCCAGGAACCUUGUGAUGAAAAUUGGUGCUACAGCCUUGCUUCACCCAGCAUGUACGUUACCCAGGCGUCUCUCUACUGGUGGCCACGCUGGGCUGGGCGGGAUGACGGCGGCACCACAGCAGAGUGGGGGAGGCAUGCCUCCCCAUACACACACACACACACACACACACACACACACUGUGCACUCACUAGGAUGUGCUGAUCAACCAACUUCCGAAGAACAUUGGCAGGAAGAAGCGACAGUGGCAGUGGAACACUGAGAAGACACUCCGGUCAAUGGUGUGGUGUGGCCAUGGUGGUGUGGGUGCAGUGGUGCUGGGGAGUGUGGCUGACUGGCAGGACGGCACCGCAUCACAGCCACAGGAGUGUGUUGUGUGUGCCCACCACCACCACCACCAGUGCUUCCACCCAGUGUCUCCUGAAUACCAUACACUUUGGGACUGACUGUGGAAUGCCCAACAUUACAACAUUGGUCAACUAAACAGUGCAUGGGUGUGGCCUUGCAGCCCAGUGAUCCCCAGGGCCAGCCAGCCAGCCAGCCCCAUGCCAGCCUCAAGUGCCAGCAAUGGAGCUUCCCCAACCACCACCACCAUCACCACCACCACCACCACCCUGGUUGGUGGCACCCUAACACCACCAUGGGGUUGCCGCCACACACCGCCACCACCACUGCCGCCGCUUCGCCAGCCAGAGUCCGCCAGUGCCAGGUAGCUAGGCACAGCAGCACGCACCUGCCGCCCCGCCCAGCGCCGCCACGGUGGGGCGCGCCUCCACCGCCGUGCUGGCCUGGCUGGUGCUCAGCUUGUCCAGGUUUUCGCAGUCUUUGUAAUCCAAAUAAAAAUUGGCUUUCUAGAUUGCUGCCUCUAUCCAUUAUUACUGAAUAUUUAUGUUAUCUAGAUUAUUGAUAUUGUAAUAUAUUUUAUAUUCAGUUUUGUAAGGCUUGAAUUGUAAGUUACUAAGACUCCUUCCAUUACUACUCUUAAGUUUGAAUUGGCUGCUGCCUUGUUUGCACACAUUGUUGUGGACGCCAACACCGGCCGGCACUGCCUCACGGCGCCGGCCCCACACACUCUGCCGCCUGAACAAGAUUCCAGGAGAAGUCCACUCUUUAUUGUGCUGUAAUAUAUCUUGUAUGAUAAUAGAAUUAUUAAAUAAAGUGGUGCAAAAUUUUA